AUGCCGUGCUUUUUCGCCCGAAUAUCCCUACGGGUCCAGCUGGCCCUGGCCCUAACCCUGGCCCUGGCCCUGGCCCUGGCAACCCACGCCCCAACUUAUCCUGAUACCGCGUCUCACAACCACACCGACCUCGAAUCCCUCUUCCGACCGGUCCUCUCGCCCGGCGCGCAGAUCCUCUACCCGAGCGGGCCGAACUGGACAGACCGGAUCCAGCAGCGCUGGUCCGCGUACCAGGCCCCGUCGUAUAGCGGAGCCAUCCGCGUGGCGACCGUCGCCGAUGUGCAGAACAUCAUCCAACUCGCCAACGCCCACGACAUCCCCUACCUCGCCACCGGCGCCGGCCACGGCGUCUCGGCCACGCUGGCGACCCUGCACGCCGGCAUCAACAUCGACCUCAGUGACUUCCGGUACGCGCACCUCAGUCCCGCCGGCGACCGCCUCACCGUCGGCGGCGGCACCAAGUUCCAGGAGAUGUGGGAUGUGCUGUACGCGGCUGGGAAGGAGAUCCAAACCGGCGCCGCCCAAUGCGUCGGCGCGCUCGGCGCCACCCUCGGCGCAGGCAUCGGACCCCUCCAGGGCCGCCGGGGGCUGAUGAUCGACGCCUUGGAGUCUGCGACGCUCGUCACUGCGACCGGGGAGGUGGUGACUGCGUCGCAGACGGAGAACGCCGACCUCUUCUGGGGCCUGCGCGGGGCCGGGUGGAAUUUCGGGGUCGUGGUCGAGGCUACCUACAACGUGUACGAGGCUACCAAUGCGGGCCAGUUGCUCGAGGGCGAUAUGCUGUUUGCGGCGAGUGCGAAUGCGAGUGUUUGGGAGACGCUGCGGGAGUUCGAUGGGGAGGGGUUGUCGGAUGUGUUGGCGUUGACGGUGGUUUUGGGGUGGAAUCCGGGGUUGGAUAUGGCCACCAUCCUCGUCAACAUCAUCUACUACGGUCCCCCCGAGGCCGCAGAACCCUACAUCCAGCGCUUCCGCGCGCUGGGCCCGCUCCGCGAACGCGUCACCCCGGUUCUGGCGUGGAACAAGCUCUACACCAAGCUGUUCUUCAGCGAGGACCCGUCGCCCUGCGAGCACGACCUGCGGCUGAUCUACGGCGGGGCCGGGCUGAAGCGCACCGAUGUGCCGACGUUCGUCGAGUAUACGGAUCUCUUUGCGGCUUUCGCCAGGGAGUAUCAGGGGCGCAUCGCGGCGUCGGUGGUCUUCUCGCGCUUCCCGACGCAGGCCGUCCGGGACGUGGAUGAUGCGGAGGACAUGGCGUAUGCGUUCCGCGAGAUCGAGACGCAUGUGCUCUUCAAGGCGACGUUUGUGGAUGCGGAUGACGCGGUGGAGGAGGGCGUCAAUGCGUGGGUCGUGCAGAGUCGGGAGUGGUUUGCGCGGACGAGUGGGUUUGAGGAUUCGGACAGGCAGGGCCAGCUGGUGCUCUACAAUAACUAUGCGCAUGGGGACGAGGGGCCCGAGGUGUGGUAUGGGAAGCAGAAUCUGGUGCGGCUGGCCGCGUUGAAGCGGAAGUGGGAUCCGUUCGAGAAGUUUAGUUUCUAUCAUCCGGUUCCGGUGGAUUAUGGGGUGGAGAGUUGGCGGGAUUAG